AUGGCCCGUUUGAAAGUCAAAACCAAGGCUGAUGAUCUUACCAGAGUGCGCAACAACCAGCGGAAUUGUCGUGCGCGCCAAAAGGAGUAUAUUCGCCUAUUAGAAGAGAAAGUCCAGUCUUACGAGACUAAGCAAAAAUCUCAAUUUGAUGUUAUGCAGAAAAAGAUAGAUCUCCUCUCAGUCGAAACUCAGCUCCUAAAGUACUUUGUUGAGUUCUUAAUGUCUCUGGUCAAUUUGGCGUCUGUUUCGCGUCACCCACCAUCACACCAGGCCUAUGGAGUGGGAAUUGAAUCAUACAACAGUAAUUUGCUUCUGUCGUCUGGCGACAGCACCACUCUCGGUUUCAUGCCGACCGUUCGUUCAAUUCUGUACACGUCGAAUGUGACGAUGGCCAUGUCCCCUAACAGCGUAUAG